AAUGGCUUGCAGUUGUUUUGGCUCUCCGUCCGGGCAAAGUUGAUCGUGACGUGCUGCUUGGGAUAGGUGUGAUGAAAGCUGGGCUCCAAAUUUCUGCCGUUCCGCGCCAAUUUUCCAAGGGCCCAUAUGAUGCUGGUAUCACCAUCUUCAUUCAAAGGUGUACCGGGUGGUCAAACCAGUGAAACCAGAAGGACAGAAACAAGAAUACGUCAACAAAGUUUCUAUGGAUCGGAAGCGCACAUUGGGCUCCUCAAAGAUCUCUAAUGUGCUGCCAAACUUUGGAACGCCUCAUGGACCGAUAUGUGAGGGUCUUGCGACAUGCAUUGUCCAAUGAUGAGUCUAGUCAUACUUCAAAUCAACAGCUCAAUCGUGCCUCAAUGGAAAAAGUGAUGCUCAUGUUGGAAUCCGAGCAACGACGUCGGAGGAAACAUCGGAGCGGAAGUAGCCGAAAAAUAGGCGUGUCUCGGGAUUUAUCCCCGCUUACUAUUCCUAAUGGAUUCGGCGAACACCCUCAGACUGAUGAAGGUCAAGUAAAACAAGAGGAAGUGUACCAACAAAGCAUGUCUGAUGAACUCUCUAGUUCAAGAGAUACUCUAAAGGUGGUGGAAAACAACCUUAACCCUGAUUCAAUUGGGAUAUACAAAAGAAAGCCAAGCAAAUACUUGACGAGACAGGUUCCUCUUUGGUCCGUCGAAGAUGUCGCCUCAUGGGUCAAACGUAUCGGAUUCAAUGCCCAACCGUUCAUUGAAGCCGGUGUGGAUGGAGACUUGCUCCUCCAAAUUGACGACAAAAAUCUACAACAAGACUUGGAAAUCAUGAACGGUAUCCACCGAAAGAGAUUCCUCCGGGAAUUGAACUCUUUGAAGAAGAAUGCCGACUACUCGUGCAUGGAUCGCGGGAACAUUGCCCACUUCCUUGCUCACAAUGUGGGCCCCGAUUAUAAAUGUUACACCUAUGCGUUCCUCAAGAACGACCUCACCCUUGAGCUGUUGCUCCGUCUGAAUGAAGUUGAUCUGAACGACAUGCUCCAAGAAGCUGGAGUGAGCAGUGCCAUUCACAAGCGAAAGAUUAUCGAGGCUAUCUUGGACCGUCAAUCCGAGGAAGAAGAGUGCUCCAACACAUCAUCAAGCUCUCCACAUUCGUCCAGUUUCCAAACCGACCAAGUCGACGUGUUCGUAAGCUACCCAAAGCAACACGGAGCUGCCGAAUUGGCCUCUCUGGUCAAGAUGCAGCUCCAACUUAGAGGCUUCUCCGUGUACUCGGACGCUCAAAAUUCCGUGAGUUCCAAUCACGAAAAUGUCCUCAACUACGUGCGCGAGGCCAGGAACUUUGUCCUGAUUCUCACACCCAAUGCCCUGGACGAUUGCAUCGGUGAUCUCGACAUGAAAAGCUAUCUCCAUCGCGAGAUCGUGACAGCCAUCAAAAGCGGUUGCAAUAUCAUCCCCGUGCUCCAAGAUUUCCAGUUUCCAGACACAGAGGAACUUCCCGAGAAUAUGAGGGCCCUGUGCUACUUCAACGGAGUCCGUUGGAUCCACGACUAUCAAGAGGCUUGCAUUGACAAGUUGGAGCGAUUUAUCCGUGGUGAAUCCUUCUUAAAGGCCGAUCCCAGGAGUAUGACCCGGUCAACCACCCGAUCCCGUGGAGAUUCGGGUCGAUCUACGCCCACCGCUCAAGUGUACACACCGUUGAACUUCAAAAAGGAGAGAUGCCGAACGAUCAGCAUAGACUCGGCCAUUGGAUCAGCUGCAUCAGCAUUUUAGUUUGUUAAAUGUAACAAAGUAAUUGUCAUUUAUAGUUAAAUGUGCUGUUAUUUUAUAGAAUUAAAAACACAGACUUUAACCACA